AUGCUAGCAAGACAUACAUGCUUCAUUUACGUUGGCUUCCAACACACUGUCUCAACAGAUAUAGCAUCACCUCACUUUGACUGGGCUGACUACGCAUGUCCACAGGGUCUCCCCUUCUCCAAAAAGGAUAUUAAUAAAAUACCUGAUCUGAAUGCCUACUGGACUAAUCCAACUCGUGAAACCUUAGCAUACUUCUGGGUUUAUCGUAAUUAUGGAGCUUGUGCAGUUAUGGAUGAAUCCGGAAGCAGUCCAAUUCUCUACUUCGAUCGUAGUAUUAAUCUCUUCAAACAACUCAUGACUCCGAAUAACGUCGAAAAUCUCCAUAGCAUAUUAGAGAAGAAGGUUCACUCGACUGCAAAAGUGGAGGACGACCUGUUGAAAAUAUUCGGUGUACAGCCCAAGCUGAUAUGUGCAGAGAAUAAGGUUGGAAGUGUUUACUUACACGAAUUAGUAUUCUGUUUCAAUGAAGCGUCAUCACUUGUCAACUGUCCAUCGGAAUACGCCAGCCAUCUACAGGAAUUUUAUCCUGAUGAAAAUGUGGAAGAUGAGGAAUUACUUAGGGGGAAAUUAAGUCUCAAAUCUUGUGCACAGCAGGAUUCACCAUUCCUGAUUACAAAAUACUUGGAGACGCCAAAGAGGAAGACAGUCAUAAUGGGAAUGAUCAUGAUGACCUUUAUAAUGAUGUAUAAUAGAACUUUCCUCCACGAAAUAGUCUUCUGUUUCAAUGAGCAUUCAACACUCGUCGACUGUCCUGCAGAAUACGCAAUGGAUCUACAAACAUAUGUACAAAGCAUAGUUGGACACUCUGAAAGUCAAUAUAGCGAACAGAUUGAUCAACAGAAACUUUGUGGAGAUUCAUUCACUGUACCAGAAUAUAACAUCGCUGCGCCACCUACAGAAGAACCUGAAGCUGCUCAUUCAGGAGAUACUUCAUCCUCUUCAUCAUCAUCAUCAUCAAACAUAUUUCGAAAUAUCUGGAAUAGGCUUUUCGGUUCGUAA